AUGCCUCCCAAAACCCCCAAGAGCCGGGCCACGAGCAGGACUCCCGGCGCUGCUCCUUCCAAGACGGUCGCGCAGGUCGCAGCUACCCUCUCGAGUGUCGAUGAAGACACUACAAAAAAGGCAGUAUUGAAGCGUGGCCGAGCAAGGUCAGCUUCAAUUGCUUCUUCCUCCGGAUCCAAGCGAGCAAAAGCGACAGUUCGCCUUUCUCUUCCUGCGCCCCUUCCGCCGGCGACGCUACCUGGGAAUCCCUCUGGUGCUGCGCUGAAGCGGCAGCUCUUUGUCUGGGGUAAUGGGGAUAUGGGCCAAUUCGGCCUCGGUACCGAAACGCUAGAUGAGAUCAAGCGUCCUAGGCUGCACUCGUGGGUGGAAGAGAAGAACAAAGCGGGCCAGCUAGGAGAAUAUGGGUUUGAGAUGGUCGCAGCGGGGGGCAUGCACACCAUCGCAGUCGAUUCGAAAGGCUACAUCUACACUUGGGGGAUCAACGACAAUGCUGCACUCGGUCGCAGGACAACACGAGAUCCGGAGGUUGACGCCGAGAUCUUGGAGACGCAGCCGUUGCCUGUUGAAGGGCUGUCUCCGACAGGCCGAGGAGUAGUCGGUGGUGCGGGGCCCGAAGGUGGCAAGGAAGGGGACGUGGAGAAUUUCCGUGCUACCAGAGUUGCUGCGUCGAGCAACUGCAGUGUUGCACUCAGCGACCAAGGAGAGCUUCGGAUCUGGGGUAGCUUUCGAAGCAAUGAAGGACUGCUGGGCUUCGAUCCGACACCGAACAGCGAAAAGUUGCAAUAUCUGCCGCGCGCAUUGAGGGGUCUUGAGAAGGUCCGAUUUUCGGCCAUUGCAUGCGGAGAAGACCACGUUCUCGCGCUAAGCACCGACGGCAUUGUCUACACUUGGGGUAAUGGCCAGCAAGCGCAGCUUGGACGAAGAGUGAUCGAGCGAAGGAAGAUAAAUGCGCUUUUCCCCUCAAAACUUGCGCUUCGCGAAAUCGAAGUCAUCGGAUGCGGCUCGUACCACAGCUUCGCCGUCGAUUCGGCCGGCACAGUUUAUGCGUGGGGACUGAACACGUUUGGGCAAUUGGGGCUGGAGCCCAAGGAUGACCUGAUCGUUGAGCCGGUCGUCGUCGACGCGCUCAGUCCAGAAAAUCAUGGAGGUGCAAAAGUCAAGCAGAUUGCCGCUGGCGCACACUACAGCCUCUUCCUGUACGACAAUGGCGAGGUCUGGGGUACCGGGCGCUGUGACGGGCACGAACUUGGCAUCGACGAGUCGCAUCCGGCCAUGCAAGCUAUCCUCAAAGCGCGCGAUCUCUGGUCCAAGCAACGCGACAUUGACCUUGCACGCGAGCUCGAGGCGUACAAUAAGCACAUGUCGGCAAAGAGGGAAGAGGCCCAGAAGAAUGGCACCGCUGGCGGAAUGAUGGGCAACGUUCUGAGCUCAGAAGAUAUGCCCCCGGUCAAAGGCCCGCCGCCAGACGAGUACGUCCCGGAACCUGUGCACAUCCCAAUGCCCAACAAUGUCAAGGUCGUCCACAUCAGCUGCGGUACGCGUCACAGUCUUGCAGUCGCCGUUGACGGGACUGCGUAUAGCUGGGGGCUGGGUCUCAACUCCGAGCUCGGUCAAGGAGAUGAAGAAACGCUUCAAGUACCGACACCGCUCAAGAGCAAGACGCUUGUAACUCAUGCGGCGCUCACCGCUUCUGCUGGAGGACAACACUCGGUCCUACUAGGUGUGCCCAAGCAAGCCUGA